UUCGUGUGUAACGUCCUUAUUUUGUAAUAAAACCGUCUGAUCUUAAGGAUCUAAAGAACGGCGGAAAAUGGCCAGCUUUGUAAUGUGGCACGCUGCAGCGUUUUUUAUGAUCCUGUUUCGAUACUCGGUGAGAGGGCAGAUCAGCUAUUCCAUUCCAGAAGAAAUGCCAAAAGGGUCGAUCGUUGGAAAUAUUUCUCAAGGCUUGGGUUUGGAUUUAAAAAGACUGAAGUCAGGGAAGGCGCGCAUAUUUGCUGGAGACAACACCGAAUUCGUCGGAUUGAAUAAAGAGAGGGGGAUACUUCUCACCGAGGAGAAAAUAGACCGCGAGGCUCUUUGUGCUAAAACGACUCCAUGCGCUUUACACCUUCAGCUGAUUUUGGAAAAUCCAAUGGAAUGGUAUGAUGUCGCAGUUGAAAUCAUCGACAUAAAUGAUAAUGCUCCGAGUUUUCCUAAAGUUAAAGCCAGUGAUGCUGAUUGGAAUCAGAAUGCCCGUGUUUCUUAUAUUCUAGAAGACAGCACUGUUAAUGGAGUCUCUGUCUCAUCAUACGUGUCAGUUCAUCCUGACAGCGGACUGAUUACAGCUGUGCGCUCUUUUGACUAUGAACAACUCAAAGAUUUCCACUUCCUAGUAAAAGCACAAGAUGGAGGCUCUCCUCCGCUCAGCAGUAACGCGACAGUGAAAAUAAUUAUUCAAGAUGAGAACGACAACGCUCCUCAGGUUCUGUUUCCAGUACAGACUGGUGCUUCCGUGGUGGCUGAGAUUGUGCCUCGUGUUGCAGAUGUUGGAUAUCUGGUCACUAAAGUGGUGGCUGUUGAUGUGGACUCUGGACAGAAUGCCUGGCUCUCAUAUAAACUACAGAAAGUUACAGACAGAGCAUUGUUUGUAGUGGGUUUACAGAAUGGAGAAAUAAGAACUGUGCGACAAGUGACUGAUAAAGAUGCGAUCAAACAAAAACUGACUGUUGUUGUGGAGGAUAACGGACAGCCCUCUCGCUCAGCUGUGGUCUCCAUUAACGUGGCUGUGGCUGACAGCUUUCCUGAAGGGCUGUCAGAGUUCACAGACUUUACGCUUGAAAAACAGUAUGACGAGAACCUGACCUUUUAUUUAGUUCUCGCACUGACUGCUGUUUCUUUCUUAUUUAUCACAUGUGUGGUUGUGAUAAUAUCAGUAAAGAUCUACAGAUGGAGACAAUCUCGCUUCUUAUAUCAGUCCAAUCUGCCUGUUAUUCCGUACUAUCCACCGCAUUACGCAGACACAGGAGUCACUGGAACUCUGCCGCACGGGUAUAAUUAUGAAGUGUGCAUGACGACUGACUCGAGGAAGAGUGGCUGUAAGUUUUCUACACUCGGUGGGAAGAACGUCUUAGUGAUGGACCCGAGUUUUUCUGAAACUAUGAGUCACACAAUCAAGAAAAAUAGUUCUAUCAACGAUCUGCAGUCUACAGAAUCGGGCACAUUGACACCGUUCAGCACCACUUGCGCUGAACAGCGCCUGGCUGGAUGA